GGGGUAAAAUCGUCAAAAGAAAGGACCUCUAUUAUAAAGCAAAGCCUCUGCACUCGUCUUCUUCACUCCUCCCUUUUGAAAAUAUUUUCGUAAAAAAAAAAGAGUUACCUUGGCUUCCUCUGGAUCUGGAAGAUAAGAUCUUUCACUUGCUUCCCAACUAACUCAUCUCUCUCUGGAUUACAACAGCAUGUAUUGGUUCACACGCUCUGUACGCAAAGUUGUCAGUUUGAAUCUAUAUUGCCGUGUUAUUCUGUAAAUCUCAUCUCUCUCUCUCUCUCUUACCUCAAAAAUCUUUCUUCUCAUUCUUCACCACACUUUUCUCUCUUCUGUUUAUUAUAAAUCUCUCUCUCUCUCUCUAAAUCAUGGGAUCCCAACGUUUCUACGUCUUCCAUUGUGAACAAUAUAGGAUCAGCUAAACAGUCUCAACUCUUUUCUUCUUUAGCUCUCCCUUUCUCUCUUCCCUUUUCUCUCAAACCCAACCCAAAGUGUUGUUUUGUAAAAGUUAUGGUAAGCCAAUCAGCUGGUCAGACAAGAUUUCGAACCUUCAAGUACGAGAACAACGGUGACUCUAACAAACCUGCAGUUGUAGUAAGAGCUAUUGUUUGCUUUCAACCCAUGGCUAAUUGUCAGGCUGAAUACUUUAGACAUAUGCUCAAACCAGUGACGUAGUUUGGUUUGUGUGUGUGUUUCUGUUUUAUCUUUCUACCUGGCAUUUUCUCCCCCCUCCCCGUUUUGUUAUAUAUUUUCUCUUACGAUAAGAAGUGUAUUUGCGUUCACCACAUUGGUCUUGUUGCAACAACUAACUUCCACAAUCGUAUUGUAUUGUAUUCCUCUAAAGUUUCCUUGGCCUUAAACUGCAAGAGUAUGCCUCUUGAUAACGGGCAACAGAAAUGGUUGCCACUGGGCUUGAAUACUCCUCAGCCUCAGGACAUACCUACCGGGUCUUCCUGUCCUGUAACACCUUCCCCGGAACUCGGUAAAGUAUAUGCAGCUCAGCAUCAGUUCCGCCGCUAUCUGCAACCACCACCGUUCCAGGCCUUACUGUCCACUUGUGAAAAACAAGCUUCAUGUUUGAACGGGCCUCCGUCUAACUGCGAUGCUGCUCCAGAGAGGGCACUCAAGUCUUGUCAGAAAAGAUUUCUAGUAUUCGAUCAGUCAGGAAACCAGACUCGCUUGUUACAGUGUGGCUUCCCUCCUUCUGUGGCUGCUGCAGAUCCAGGGAAAAUUCUCAGUUUUCUAAACCUAGAGAGAGGGUUAAGCAAAGAUCAUGCCGUUCCAGAAAAGAUAUUGCUCCAUGAAGAUCGUGUUAAUGGAGGAGAAGAGUCGGAGAUGCACGAAGACACUGAGGAAAUCAACGCACUGUUGUAUUCUGAUGAUGAUGAUGAUUGCGAGAGUGAUGAUGAUGAUGAAGUAACGAGCACAGGUCACUCUCCAUUCCCAGUUGAACAACAAGCGUGCAAUAAUAAAACAGAAGAAGAAGACGAAGAAGAACCGGAUGAAACCGAAAGCUAUGAUGAUGAUGAUGAUGGUCCAC